UAAUUCAAUAGCUGAAAUUCCAGGAAGUUUAUAAGUUUUUACUCAUUUUACUACCUUUUUUUCUUUUUAACCACCUAAAGGCUGAAGGCAGCAGUACAUAGUUUUCAGUGUCCAUUCAACUAAAAAAUUAUGCUUGGACCUUACAAGUUGAAAUCCCCUGUCUGCGUCUGGCUCUUGGCCGCAAUGGUAACAACGCUGUUGCUAGUCAUUUUUUGGUUUGACCACAGGCAUACCGACUCCGGCGACAAUUUCGCAUCAUCGUUUCCAGUUCUAAUGGGAGGUCAAAGGAGAACGUCACGUGAGCAGAUAAAAAUUAUCAACCAAAACUCAUUAGUCGGACAGGGAACAACAGCGAAUGCAACUAGUGGAACUGGCAAUGAAUUAAGUGCAGAAAUAAACCACUCACUAAUGAGCCCGAGCUGGACCGAGUUCUACAACUUAAUUGAAGAGACAACGAGUUUUUGUGAGCUGAAAAAGUUCGGCGGAUUCGAACGUACGGACAUGACCGGCAUCGACGGAACCAAGCUCGUGUGCCUGGAUGCAGGCGUCGCCCCCGAGCCGGGCUCGUGCGUCGUGCUCUCCUUCGGCGUCAACGACGAGUGGAGCUUCGACGACGCCAUGGAGAUCAUUUCUCCCCUAGGAAUUUUUGGAUCACUAAGAAUUUGUGGCGAGCAACCAAUGUUCGGUUUUUAA